CUGCGGCCGCCGCUUCCGGAGCGCGGCUUCGCGCCGCCACUCGGUGCCGGUGCAAGAUGGCGGCGGGGCCGCGGCGGCGGGCGCGGGGCUGAGCGAGGCCGAGGGAGCCGGAGGGAGCCGGAGCCGGGCCCGGCCGGGCGGAGGGAAUAAUCCUACACUUGCUGAUACGGUGGAUGCUGGGGAGAGAUAUCAGGGCCAGUUACAAGUCUGAGGAAGGAAGGAGAUCUAUGGGGAAACAUUUGAAACAGAGAAAGGUCCCUCCCUCUUUUUUAAGUUUCAUUUUUUGAGGCAGAAGAAAAAAGAUCAAAAUGGGGCGGAGAUCUACAUCAUCCACCAAGAGUGGGAAGUUUAUGAAUCCCACGGAUCAGGCCCGGAAGGAAGCUCGGAAAAGGGAACUAAAGAAGAACAAAAAGCAACGGAUGAUGGUCCGAGCAGCUGUACUGAAGAUGAAAGAUCCGAAGCAGAUUAUCCGGGACAUGGAAAAGUUGGAUGAGAUGGAGUUUAACCCAGUACAGCAGCCACAACUUAAUGAAAAAGUUUUGAAGGAUAAACGCAAAAAGCUCCGUGAGACUUUUGAACGUAUCUUGCGGCUCUACGAGAAGGAAAAUCCUGACAUCUACAAAGAACUGCGCAAGCUGGAAGUGGAGUAUGAGCAGAAGAGAGCACAACUCAGCCAGUAUUUUGAUGCUGUCAAGAAUGCUCAGCAUGUUGAAGUGGAGAGUAUCCCCUUACCAGAUAUGCCUCAUGCUCCCUCCAACAUCCUCAUACAGGACAUUCCCCUUCCAGGGGCUCAACCACCUUCUAUCCUCAAGAAGACAUCAGCCUAUGGACCACCAGUUCGGUCCGUUUCUGUGCUUCCUCCUCCGGGGCUUGGUGUUCCGCGUUUACCUCCAGGCAGGAAGCCCCCUGGACCUCCACCAGGGCCACCCCCUCCUCAGGUCCUACAGAUGUAUGGCCGUAAGGUGGGCUUCGCCUUGGACGUGGCUCCUCGAAGGCGAGAGGAGGAGAUUUCUUACAGUUCUGAAGCAGGACAGCGAGGCCACGAUGAUGACAUGUCCAGCACUAGUGAAGAUGAAGGUUAUCCUGAGGAUAUGGAUCAAGAUAAGCACGAUGAGAGCAGUGAUGACAGUGACAGCGAUAGGUCAGAUGCUGACAGUGAAGGAGAGGACUUCCUGCAUCGUGAUAAUGAUAAGGAGAGGGAAGGUGGUGAAGAAAAGAAAUCAGGUCACAGUGUCCGGUUUGCAGACAUGCCAGGGAAGUCACGAAAAAAGAAAAAGAACAUGAAAGAACUGACUCCACUCCAGGCCAUGAUGUUACGAAUGGCAGGUCAGGAAAUUCCAGAAGAAGGGAGAGAAGUGGAGGAAUAUUCAGAAGAAGAGGAGGAGGAGGAAGAGGACUCAGAGUCUGAAGAGACAUCACAACAACAGCAGCAGCAGCAGCUCAGUGAGGAGGCACUAGCAGAGACCGGGUCAUCUACUGCGACUUCCCAGGCACAGCAGCAGCAGCAGAGUGCACAGGCUGUGCCACCAACUCAGAUACAGGCACCUCCCAUGCCUGGGCCUCCUCCGCUGGGACCACCUCCAGCCCCUCCACUGAGGCCCCCAGGCCCACCCACCGGCCUUCCUCCUGGCCCUCCACCCGGAGCUCCUCCGUUCCUGAGACCUCCCGGCUUACCAGGGUUGCGUGGGCCUUUGCCUCGACUGCUGCCACCUGGUCCUCCCCCGGGGCGACCACCUGGUCCUCCCCCAGGCCCCCCACCAGGUCUGCCCCCAGGUCCUCCUCCACGUGGUCCUCCUCCUCGUCUGCCCCCUCCUGCCCCACCAGGUAUCCCUCCUCCUCGCCCAGGCAUGUUACGGCCACCUCUGGUGCCUCCCUUAGGACCUGCCCCACCUGGGCUCUUUCCACCAGCUCCCAUUCCAAAUCCUGGGGUACUGAGUGCCCCCCCCAGCUUGAUUCAGCGGCCCAAGGCGGAUGACACCAGUGCGGCCACCAUCGAGAAGAAAGCCACGGCCACCAUCAGUGCCAAGCCGCAGAUCACCAACCCCAAGGCGGAGAUCACGCGCUUCGUGCCCACUGCCUUGCGAGUGCGCCGUGAGAACAAAGGGGCUUCCGCUGCCUCCCAGAGAAAACAAGAGGAUGAGCCCACCCUCCCGUUAACCAAAGCUGCCCCUAAGGCUGGAUCGUCUGCCCCUAUCUCUGUACAGACAAAGGAUGAUGUGUAUGAAGCUUUCAUGAAAGAAAUGGAAGGUCUCCUGUGACCUGUCGUAGUCCUAGUCAGCUUUCCUGCCCCUCUGAACACGGAUCAGAUCACUGUGGAGGGAGAAGAAGGGAAAGUCCUCCUGCAAGCAAUGAAAGGGCAUGACUGGAAAUAGUUCCCUACCCACAGGUUAACUUGCCAGUGUGCUGUGAAUAGAGACCGCUGCAGCUGAGGUGUGCCUGGGGACUUCCUUUCAGAGCCACCACUUCCACUUGGUGAAAGGAAAUUGCAGUAAAGAAGGCGAUGCUAGUCCCCUCAAGUCCUCCCCCUUCCUUAGAGGGAGAUAACAAUACUCUGGGGACGGGGGUGACUAUUCCCUGCCAAAAUCCUUACACACCCUGAUUGCUCUGGUGAGGGUAGUGGAACAGGUUUUUAAGGAGCCAGAAAAUGUUAGCAGCAUUUCAUACACAAAUGGUUGCCCAGUUUUUAUUUUCUGUACUGUUUUUUUUUUUUUUUUUUUCUGUAAAUAUUUUAUAAUCAUGUUUUUAGUUGCAGUGAGGUUGAUCAAUCAUCUUUCUUCCAGGGUAGUCAGGUAAUUUGUUGUGUAUACUGUACACUGGAAUUUUGCAUCCUCUCCCCUUUAUCAUCUUGGUGGAUUUUUAUUGGCUGGGGAAACUUCAUUUUGUCUUGUGAAAGACAAUAAAUGUUCAGUGUAUCAAAA